GUAUGCGUAAAUUACGUAAAAUACAUCGCAUGUACAAGUAAAUACGUCGUCGCUGAACUCGUCCUGGCUUCAAAUUUCGAGCUUGUCGUGACGUGGUUACCUUCAAGGCAACAACCAACACAGCACGGGCUGCCUUCCCUUCCCACCACCGACCCCUUUUUUCCCUCUGUCCAACUUGGCGUCACGGAUUUGCUUCUCUCUCUCUCCACUGCAAGUUGGUUCCUUCGUCGGAGCAGACGGUCUCCGCGUCCGUCGAACCACGAAAUUAGGGUUUUCGCAAUUUGAUUCCUUCUGAUGCAAAGAAUUAGGGCUUCGUCCCUGUGAUGCAGCAUGAGCAAAGGCCACGAUGUCAUCAGCCCCUUGCUGUCGCGCCCUCUCUCAUGCUCCCUCCCUUCUAUCUCCUCCUACUUCCAGGGCUUCCCUCCCGCUCAAUCGCACCCCUCGCCUCGUCGAUUCUCUCUCCAAAUCUUCCAAAAACAGAUGGAAAGUUUCAUUCCUUAGACGUGAAGAGACUCCUUCGGAGUUCCACGAGUCCAAUAACGCAGAGGAUAAAUUGCCGGAAUUACCGGUGAACCCGGAGCUCAAUGAAUCGGGUGUUGCAAAGGAAGAUUGGAUUGCGAAUCUUAGAAAGGCCGCGGAGGCAGUUUUUAGUUCAGAACCUUGGAUAGUGCCAUGGACAGCAAAGACCAUUCUGCGGGUAAUGCUCCUUUGGAUCUCUUCCUUCUGGUUAGUAGGAUCUUGGAUAGUUCCAUUCUUGGCUCACACAGCAGGAUUCAGAAAAGAAACCUUGACAUACAGAGGGCAAGCUUUAUACAGCCUUUUGACAGAUGUGGCUGAAGGUCUAGCUGGUAUUGCAAUCCUGCAUCGAUGCCUUGCAAAGUUCCGCCCCCUAGCACCCGACUGGUUCAGGUUUAGCCUUGAAGGGAAGUGGCAGUUUGAUGUUGUUUUGGGCUGCCUUAUGUUUCCCUUGGUCAACCGGCUCUCGCAGGUCAACCUAAAUCUGUUGCCCAUUUUCCCUUCUGCACCUGUCACUGUUUCAAACGUUGAGCAAUCAAUUGUUGCGCGAGAUCCAGUGGCGAUGGCCCUCUAUGCCAUUGUGGUGUCAGUUUGUGCGCCUGUUUGGGAGGAGAUUGUCUUCCGUGGGUUUCUUCUCCCCUCUUUGACCAGGUACAUGCCGGUAUGGUGCUCAAUUCUUGUGAGUUCAGUAGCCUUUGCAUUGGCACAUUUCAAUUUGCAAAGGAUGCUGCCACUUGUAUUGCUUGGGGCGGUCAUGGGUGCUGUUUUUGUGCGAUCAAGGAACCUUUUGCCAUCCAUGCUUUUGCAUAGCCUCUGGAAUGCAUUUGUAUUUUUAGAUCUUAUGAAAUGACAUUCUUGUUUUGUAGUUAUAUUUAUUAGUGGAAUGUAUUUUCCAUUUCUUGAGUUGGUGUAUAUAAUUAUAGUGCCGGUAAAUAGGACUAUUGCAAAGAUUGAUUUAGGCAGAUAUUCCCGAUUCAUUUCAUGUAACUUCUACGUCCUACAUGUUGAUGAACUUUCAAACCA